AUGUGUGUGUGUGUGUGUGUAUGUUUCUAUUUAGAUAAUCAUCCCCCAACUGUCUCAGAGAGCUUCCCUAAAAAUAUAACUGUACGAUACAAAGUAGAUUUAAACUGGACGAUAGAUUUAAAGAACUACGUCUAUGAUGACAACACAGACAAGGCUGACCUUAAAUUCGAAGUUCAAACAGAACUGCCGGAAAAAGAGUAUACGCUUGACGGUGGAGUAUUUACGUGGAUAGUCGGCACAGGCUUAAGGUAUAUAGACACAGCUUUUACAUUCACUAUAUACGACAAAUUCAACGCUACUGCACACUUUGGAAUCUCUAUCAAUUACUGUGGAUGUAAGGAGCCAGAGCAAUGUUCUUUUGAAGCGUUGAAUUUAAAUUCCACAGAUGAUGUAAACAAAGCAUCAUGUAUCUGUCCAGAAUAUGCUGAGGGAUUGUACUGUGACGGAAUAAUAGACUCAUGCCCAAACUUUACCUGCUACCAGGAUAAUUGCAAUGCAAAAGCCUACCGAUCAUUUACAAGCUGGCCAUGUGCCCCUUGUCCAAAAGGAAUGGAUGAGACGAUGACUCCAAAAAUGCAAACCUGUAAAGAUAUUGACGAGUGUGCUCCAGAAUACACUGGUGAAGAUAAAUGUCAGCAAAAUUGUUCUAAUACUAAUGGGUCGUUUACUUGUGACUGUAGAAGUGGAUACGCAUUAAAUGCUGAUAAACAUACAUGUGAUAGUAAGAUGUAUACAAACAUUUUAGUAAGCUCCUGUAAUAUUGUAUGA